AUGGAUGAGUCCGUACAAAUCAGUAUCUGGGACAGUGUGGUGGAGCUAACCAAAGUGGCACAGCAAAAGGGUAGUGAUCCUCUGCUAUGGGUUAUACAGUUGUCCUCAAACUUGAAAUCCAGGGGAGUAUCAAUGCCCUCAGUCGAGCUUGCCAAUGUGUUGGUCUCUUACAUUUUCUGGGACAAUAACGUGCCCAUUACUUGGAAGUUUCUAGAGAAGGCUUUGAUGUUGAAAAUUGUGCCCCCUAUGCUUGUUCUUGCUCUGCUUUCAACAAGGGUCAUUCCAUGUCGGCGCUCCCAGCCGGUGGCAUAUAGGCUUUACAUAGAACUCCUUAAGAGACACAUUUUUACCCUGAAGUCUCAGAUAAAAGGACCAAAUUAUCAAAUAACCAUGAAAUCGAUAGAUUCUAUUCUUCAUCUUUCCUGGAUAUUUGGUCUGCCAGCAAGUGACCCUGGGAUUCUUGUGGUUGAGUUUUUAUUUUCAAUUGUUUGGCAAUUGCUUGAUGCAUCAUUAGAUGAUGAAGGAUUGCUAAACUGUACCCCAGAAAAGAAGUCUAAAUGGGCAAUUGAACCUCAGGAAAUGGAGAUAGAUUGCCACAAUAGUUAUUAUGAGAAGAGGAACGAACAUAAUGAGAUAUUGCAGGACUCAAAUACUGUCAUGGCCAUUGAGAUAAUUGGGCAAUUUCUUCAAAAUAAAGUAACUUCAAGAAUUCUUUACUUGGCUCGCCGAAACUUGGCUGCACAUUGGACAAGUUUUAUUCAGCGAUUACAGUUGCUUGGAUUGAACUCAUUAGCAUUAAGAAAUUCAAAAAUUCUUACCCCAGAGGCUCUUCUACAGUUGACUUCAGAUAGUCACAUCGUCUUGCCUCGAGAAUGCAAAACAGCUUCUUCGCAAAAGUAUCAUGCAGUUAUGGCUUCUGGAUCUCUGGCUUCUUCUGCUGGUCUGUGCCAUGGGAAUAGUCGUUCUGCUUUGUGGCUUCCUCUUGAUCUUGUAUUAGAAGAUGCCAUGGAUGGAUAUCAAGUUGACGCAACAAGUUCUGUUGAAACAAUUACUGGUUUGGUCAAAACCUUUCAAGCAAUAAAUGGCACAAGCUGGCAUGAUACCUUUUUGGGCCUUUGGAUAGCAGCUCUUCGUCUUGUACAAAGGGAAAGGGACCCCAUAGAGGGCCCAGUGCCUCGCCUUGACACUCGCUUAUGCAUGCUAUUGUGCAUCACAACACUGGUGGUUUCUGAUCUGAUUGAGGAGGAGGAAAUUGCACCAACCAACGAAACAGAAUAUGGUUCUGUCAAUCGCCGGAAAGAAAAAGAGGUUCCGGGAAAGCGCCGCUAUGAUUUAGUCUCCAGCCUACAGAUGCUGGGUGAUUAUCAGGGUUUGCUGACUCCACCUCAGUCUGUUGUUUCUGCUGCCAAUCAGGCUGCUGCAAAAGCAAUGCUGAUUCUUUCAGGUGUCAGUAUUGGGAGUGCAUACUUUGAGUGCAUCAGUAUGAAAGACAUGCCUAUCAACUUCUCUGGAAACUUGCGUCAUUUGAUAGUUGAGGCCUGUAUUGCUAGAAAUCUACUGGAAACAUCUGCAUAUUCCUGGCCAGGUUAUGUUAAUGGACGUAUCAACCAGUUACCUCAUGGUGUGCCAACUCAAGUGCCUGGUUGGUCAUCAUUUAUGUUGGGGGCUACGCUUACUCCAAUAGUGGUUAAUGCUUUGGUUUCAAGUCCUGCUUCAAGCUUAGCAGAACUCGAGAAAGUAUUCAAGAUUGCAGUCAAUGGAUCAGAUGAUGAGAAGAUAUCUGCUGCUACCAUAUUCUGCGGGGCGUCACUCAUUAGGGGAUGGAAUAUACAGGAACAUACUGCUCAUUUUAUCAUUAGACUAUUGUCUCCUCCAGUUCCUGCCGAUUAUUCUGGGGUUGACAGCCAUUUAAUAGGUUAUGCACCAAUGUUGAACGUCCUCAUUGUUGGAAUAGCAUCUGUUGACUGCGUUCAGAUUUUCUCUUUACAUGGCUUGGUCCCACAACUUGCAUGUUCAUUGAUGCCGAUAUGUGAGGUGUUCGGCUCAUGUGUUCCCAAUGUCCCCUGGACUCUAACAACGGGAGAAGAAAUCUCUGCCCAUGCUGUGUUUUCAAAUGCAUUUACUCUCCUUUUGAAGCUGUGGAGGUUUAAUCAUCCUCCUCUUGAGCAUGGGGUGGGAGAUGUACCCACAGUUGCAUCCCGACUUACACCUGAGUAUCUCCUAUCAGUAAGAAACUCUUACCUAGUAUCUUCUGGAAGUGCUCACCAAGAUCGAAAUAAGAGGAGACUCUCCACUGUUGCAAGUUCAUCAUCUCCAGAACCUGUAUUUGUGGACUCGUUUCCAAAAUUAAAAGUUUGGUAUCGACAGCAUCAAGCAUGUAUAGCCUCAACCCUCUCUGGUCUUGUUCAUGGAACCCCUGUCCACCAGAUUGUUGAUGGGCUUCUUAACAUGAUGUUCACAAAGAUUAGUAGAGGAAGCCAGUCUUUAACUUCUGUUAAUUCUCCAAGUAGUAGUUCUUCCGGACCUGGAAAUGAAGACAACUCUCUAAGACCUAAAUUACCGGCCUGGGAUAUCUUGGAAGCUGUUCCCUUUGUGGUUGAUGCUGCUCUAACAGCCUGUGCUCAUGGGAAACUUUCUCCUCGCGAGCUGGCUACAGGGCUUAAAGAUUUAGCAGAUUUUCUUCCUGCAUCUUUGGCAACCAUUGUCAGCUACUUUUCUGCUGAAGUUACUCGGGGUAUUUGGAAACCAGUUUUUAUGAAUGGAACAGAUUGGCCCAGUCCCGCCGUGAAUCUAUCCCAUGUGGAGGAACAGAUCAAGAAAAUCCUAGCUGCUACUGGUGUUCAUGUCCCUAGCCUUGCUCCAGGUGGAAGCUCUCCAGCUACACUUCCAUUGCCCCUAGCUGCCUUUGUAAGUCUUACUAUUACUUACAAGGUUGACAGAGCAUCAGAACGUUUCCUCAGUUUGGCAGGCCCCACCUUGGAGUGCCUUGCAGCUGGUUGCCCAUGGCCUUGUAUGGCAAUUGUGGCAUCCCUUUGGACUCAAAAGGCCAAGCGAUGGAGUGACUUCCUUGUCUUUUCUGCAUCUCGGACUGUUUUCCUACAGAAUGGUGAUUCAAUGGUUCAGCUUCUUAAAAGCUGCUUUACUGCCACACUAGGCCUGAAUGCCACUCCAAUCUCGAGCAAUGGUGGUGUUGGAGCACUUCUUGGCCAUGGAUUUGGAUCCCAUUUCUGUGGUGGGAUUUCCCCUGUCGCACCGGGUAUUCUUUAUUUACGUAUGUACCGGUCAAUUACAGAUAUUGUCUUCAUGACGGAAGAGAUUCUUACUAUCUUGAUGCAUUCUGUAAGAGAGAUAGCAUGUACUGCUCUUUCUAAAGAGAGAUUGCAGAAGUUAAAGACAACAAAAAACGAGAUGAGAUAUGAACAGGUUUCACUUGCUGCUGCAAUGUCUCGGGUGAAACUAGCAGCUUCCCUUGGGGCGUCUUUAGUAUGGUUAACAGGAGGCUUGUGUCUGGUUCAGUCAUUGAUCAAAGAAACCCUGCCUUCUUGGUUUAUAUCUAUGCAUUGGUCUGAGCAGGGAGAAGGGUCAGAAGGAAUGGUUGCCAUGCUUGGGGGUUAUGCACUUGCAUACUUUGCAGUGCUCUGUGGAGCCUUUGCUUGGGGUGUUGACUCAUCAUCAUCGGCAUCAAAACGGCGUCCUAAAAUCCUAGGUACCCACAUGGAAUUUCUUGCAAGUGCACUUGAUGGGAAGAUAUCGCUUGGUUGUGAUUCGGCAACAUGGCGUGCCUACGUGUCGGGGUUUGUAACUCUAAUGGUGGGUUGCACACCAAAAUGGGUGCUUGAAGUGGAUGUACAUGUGUUGAAGAGACUAAGCAAUGGUCUAAGGCAGUGGAAUGAGGAGGAGCUUGCUCUGGCUUUGCUAGGGAUUGGUGGGGUCGGUACAAUGGGUGCGGCUGCUGAACUCAUAGUUGAAAAUGAGAUGUAA